CAUAUCUUACUCUCUCUCAGACCACCACCACCUCCGCCUACCUCUACCUCUAUGGCUCCCAAACCCGUGUCUACUGCUGGCAAAGCCCCUGCCUCUACAGCCUCCAAGGCCCCGGCCACUGCCUCCAAGGCUCCGUCCAAGACGACAGACAAGAAGGCAGGCAAGAAGACGAAGUCUGCUGCGCCCGGCGAUGGCGAGAAGAAGAAGCGCAAGAAGGUCAGAAAGGAGACCUACUCGUCCUACAUCUACAAGGUGUUGAGACAAGUGCACCCCGACACGGGUAUCUCGAACAAGGCGAUGUCGAUUUUGAACUCGUUUGUCAACGACAUCUUUGAGCGCAUUGCUUCUGAGGCGUCCAAACUGGCGCAAUACUCGAAGAAGUCGACGAUCUCGUCGCGCGAGAUCCAGACGUCGGUUCGGCUGAUUCUGCCUGGUGAACUCGCCAAGCACGCUAUCUCUGAGGGUACCAAGUCGGUCACCAAGUUCUCGUCUGCCACCACCACGAAAUGAACUCCUCCCCUGCCUCUUGUAUCUAUCACGUACAUUGUGUACACUAUCUGCAUCAUUAUCGUCGUCAGGACUAACGGUUUAAGUUCCCGGUAGAUUUCUCUGCUGAAUGGCUUGAGUGCGUAAGAUGAUCUCAGGAUGUCUCUGCCGAGUCGCCUGCAGAUCCGGGGAUCUUCAUAUCGAUGAUAGCUAGAAUGCUCAGACGGUGCGCGCAGCAUUCCGUCGCCUGCCAUGGAGGAGUUUGGUCACAUAAAACCAGAUACACCAUGCAUGGAGACUCAUGCCCAGAAUCUGGGCCUGCUGAAACUUGGCUGGGACUGGGCCUGAAGCUGCGAGGUUCCAUGUCAAAGAGUUGUACCUGCCUCUGAGUGGAAUCAGUACUCAAUCUUGUAAACUAUCGUUCUGACCUAUGAAAUAAUGUGCGUCACUCUGUAUACGCUCACCAGCUG